UUUAUAAACCCAGUGACCUGGUAUAACAGGUUCUUGAAGGCAUUUUGUGACAGUGUACCUCCCCUCUCUUCCUGACUGGGGCGGUUGCACAGCUGCCCCAGCCGUCCUCACCAGGGCAGGACGAGUUAAGACAAACCAGGACGGAGUGCAGAGUAAAAGUAGUAAAGUCGGGGGCUGACAUGUCAUUUGAGCUACAUGAAAGUAAGGGGCAAACUUGAGACUGUGAUCUCUGUGAGCUUUUUAAAGAAAUCAGUGGAGAUCUCUGAGAGGGGUGUGUUUGCGUGUGGGGGGGCGUGUAUACGUGUGUUUGGGUGAAAACUGAAAACUUAAAGGCAUUACUUUCAGUACAGUGAUUCAUCUGCUGCCGGCCUCACAUCAGCUGUUUGUGCUACAGGAAGAAUGUUGGAAAACUGCCUCAUAUUCGGUCGAUCCCUCGUGAGGAGGAAGAAUGUGGACCAAGACAAUCUGGAGGAGUCAAAGCUGUGCCGAUGCCUCUCCACUGUUGAUCUCAUUGCCCUUGGGGUCGGAAGCACACUGGGGGCCGGGGUCUAUGUGCUCGCUGGGGAGGUGGCCAAAGGCAACUCUGGUCCCAGCAUCGUGGUGUCUUUCCUCAUCGCUGCUCUGGCCUCUGUGAUGGCCGGCCUUUGCUAUGCCGAAUUUGGUGCGCGGGUGCCAAAGACGGGCUCGGCCUAUCUGUAUAGUUAUGUGACUGUGGGGGAGCUGUUGGCCUUCAUCACAGGAUGGAAUCUUAUUCUGUCAUAUGUAAUAGGGACCUCUAGUGUGGCUCGUGCCUGGAGUGGGACGUUUGAUGAGCUCAUAGGGGGGCACAUUGAGAAGUUCUGCAAAGCAUACUUCAAAAUGAGUUUUCCUGGACUUGCUGAGUACCCUGAUUUUUUUGCAGUCUGCCUGAUCUUACUCCUAUCAGGUCUUCUCUCUUUUGGGGUGAAAGAGUCAGCUUGGGUCAACAAAAUCUUCACUGCUGUAAACGUGCUUGUGCUGAUGUUUGUUAUUGUCUCUGGAUUCGUCAAAGGAGAUUCACUCAAUUGGAAUUUAUCAGAAGAAUCUCUCAUAAACGUCACCAUUGUAACAAGGAAUAUGUCAUACACUGCUAAUGUGACCAGUGAUUAUGGUGUGGGGGGAUUUUUGCCUUAUGGUUUUAGUGGGACGCUGGCUGGCGCUGCCACAUGUUUUUAUGCCUUUGUAGGAUUUGACUGCAUUGCAACCACAGGUGAGGAGGUGAAAAACCCUCAACGGGCGAUUCCAAUUGGUAUAGUCGUUUCCCUGCUGGUUUGCUUCCUCGCCUACUUCGGUGUCUCUGCAGCUCUUACUCUCAUGAUGCCUUAUUACCUGUUGGAUGAGAAGAGUCCUCUGCCUAUGGCUUUUGAAUAUGUGGGCUGGGGACCUGCAAAAUACGUAGUGGCAGCUGGAUCACUUUGUGCUCUUUCAACCAGUCUGCUGGGCUCCAUUUUCCCAAUGCCUCGUGUAAUCUAUGCUAUGGCACAGGAUGGGGUGCUUUUCAAAGUGUUAGCCCAAAUCAAUCCUAAGACGAUGACCCCACUUAUUGCCACAAUGACUUCUGGUGUAGUUGCAGCUAUCAUGGCUUUCCUGUUUGACUUGAAAGCGCUGGUAGACAUGAUGUCUAUUGGAACUUUGCUGGCAUACUCUUUAGUAGCUGCAUGUGUUCUUAUCCUCAGAUAUCAGCCGGAUACAGUAUUUGAGAAGUCCAAAAACAAGGAAGGAAAGGAAGAAGUUGGUGAAUCUGAACUGACUGAAUCCGAGUCCCACCUCAACAUGUUGAAGGAUGGAGGAAUAACCCUGCGCUCUCUGCUCAACCCUCCACUGAUGCCAACCGAACAGACCUCAGCAGCUGUCAAUGUAGCCGUUAUCAUUAUAGCGCUUGCUGUGUGUGUUGUAAGCACACUCAACACAUACUAUGGACACGCCAUUGUUGCCUUGGAGCCCUGGGCCCUCGGAUUGCUGGCGGCAUCAUUGUUCAUCUUCCUUUUGUGCUUCCUUUUGGUUUACAGACAACCUCAGACGAAAAAGAAAGUUUCCUUUAUGGUUCCUCUGUUGCCCUUUUUGCCCAUCUUGAGUAUAUUUGUCAACGUGUAUCUCAUGGUUCAGCUCAGCGGGGACACAUGGAUCCGGUUCUCCAUCUGGAUGGCAAUAGGUUUCAUCAUCUAUUUUGGUUACGGGAUGUGGCAUAGCACUGAACGCAAGAGGCAUCUACAGAACUGCAGUGCAGUGACAGAGAAAAAGAAGCUGACAGCAAGCGAAGGCUCUGAGGAGUAUGUGACUCGCACAGAGAAGACCAGUCCAUGUUAGACAGAAACACACUGUUGUUCACAGCAUUCACCAACCAGCUGACAGACGUGAGCUCUGUGUACAGCUCUGCCUUUACAGUCACUGCCAUCUUGAACAAUGUUUUAUAACAUAUCUCAGUGCGGAUGAUCUCAUAUGUGCUGUGAUUAUAUCACGUAUAGUGAGACAGGGGUGUAAAAUGUGUCAUGUUUUAUUCAAUGAUCUGACAAUACUAAAACAAGUCCGAGUCUUACACAUUUGUAUUUUCCAAUAUUUAAAAGUAUUAUGAUACCGCUGACAGUACCUAAAGUUUACUUAGAUUGUUACAAUUCAAUAAACUAAAAGAAAUUGUAGUUGUGGGAUAAAAUUGUGCAUAUUUCAAUAGAGCUAUGUAUUGCUGAUAUUGUAUGUAUUCACAACAUACAGUAGCUUAUUUUUUAACCAUCUUAAGUGUUUACUUCUAAGAUUAACUAUUAAUUCUUAUUUUACAUCUUAUUGCCAGAGAUACUAAGCUGCUCACAUAACAAGAGUUUUCUUGUAACACCCCUUUUUUAUUUUCACUCUGUAACUCUUCAUGUUGUAUGUGUUUCUGUACUUGAGCUGAAUGUUUGGGAUCCUACAAUGUUUAGUACUAACAGAUCAAUCUGUUGUCUAACAACCAAAAGGUGACAUUAUUUGUCAUUUUUUAAGUGUAGUACUAUAACCCUUUACUUGCUGAAGUUCUUGUCUAAAGAUGCUUGAAAAGUAACUGUUAGUCAUGUUUUCUGUGCAAACAUUCAAGAUGUACAUCAAUUGUGUUUCAGAUGCAUUUACAUUUUUUAUGUAAUGGACAUGUUGAUUAUGCCAUUGUCAUUAUAUUGCAAUAUGGUUUCAUGCAAGAUAAUAAAAGAUUCCUUCCCAUUUUUAA